CCGUCUUCCACCAUCCCCUCCAUCCCUAAAAAACACAAACCCUAAUCUAAAAUCUCGCAUCCCCUGUUUCGAAAAUGUCAGGCCGUGGAAAGGGAGGUAAAGGAUUGGGAAAGGGAGGUGCUAAACGUCACCGGAAAGUUCUUCGUGAUAACAUUCAGGGAAUCACCAAACCAGCUAUUCGAAGGCUGGCCCGUAGAGGCGGUGUUAAGCGUAUCAGUGGUUUGAUCUACGAGGAGACCCGUGGAGUUCUCAAGAUCUUUCUAGAGAAUGUGAUCAGAGACGCCGUGACAUACACCGAGCACGCUCGCCGGAAAACGGUAACUGCCAUGGAUGUGGUUUACGCUUUGAAAAGGCAAGGCCGUACCCUUUACGGGUUCGGUGGCUAAGUUCAGAAAUAGUUUCCGUAAUCGAAAUAGUCAUCGUAAGACUUGUAAGUUUUUUUUUUUUGGUUGGAUUACAAUCUAAGCGGAUGUAUCCUUCUUGGGUGUACGGUUUUAUGUUGUUAGAAAUGAUUUUUGUAAUCAAUUGAAAUAUAUGCUUCAAGUUAUUGC